AUGAAAUUAAUCGUGUGCUUGCUGGGUGUGGCGCUGAUCUUACUAGUUCCGCUAGUACGUGCCGAUCCGGGUGUAAUCGGAGUGCAAUCGGAUGCUCGGAAAGCGCGAGCACCGGCCAGCGGUGCUACCGGUUAUAAUACCAUCGCUCCAGCGGACAGUGAAACAUUGAGCAAACUGCAGAACCAGGUGGCUCCGACGGUUCAGAUCCCUAGCAAACCCGCAACGACAAUUAAAGCUCCCGAAACGGCAUCAGUAUUCCAAACUGUAUCUCCACCAAGUCUUGCUAAUCCUUACCCCCGGCAACCAUCACCGGCGGUUGCUCCAGGACUUACACAAGGUCAAUACUAUGUCGCCGUUAUGCCACAGGCCGCAGGAAAUCAUAUGCUUGCUCCAGCCACGACACCGCUGAUCAUGCAGUACAUCAACCCACAAGGACAACCAACUGGUGGUCUGCAAUACAUCCAGCUGCUUCGUCCUGUCGUCUAUCCACAGUACAGCAACCAACAGUACAUUCAUCCCGGCUAUCUGCAGCAGCAACAACAGCAGCAACAACAGUCUGUAAUACCUCAUUCUGCGCCUGGCCUCACGUCGAGUCCGUACACCGUCUCACCAACUCCACCUCCGACGACAACCUCGACGCAGCCAGCAUUCCUACCAUUCCAGCCAGCUGCCGCUCUACAGCAACCUUCGGUUCCUCAGUAUGCAUCGGCACUCCCAACGACUCAUUACGGUCAACCUCAGCCCCACUACAGCAACGGUCCUGUAGGGCAGUAUUCGAGCCCUGUUCUUUCCUAUUAUCCACACCGCUUCCUAAUCAAUCCUUCCUCAGAACUGAACUUCAACACGAACGAGUAUGUUCCAUCCCAUGGCGAUGGAGUGUACAUGAAGGGCAUCAAAAGCAUUCGUGCUUAA